GUCACUUCCUGGAACAACAGCAGCUGAAUGUGCAUCAAAUUUGAAGAAGAUUUAUACAGUACAGGAUUUCUGGAGUGUCUACAACAACAUUCCCCCCGUGACAAAUUUGCCUCUGAGAUGUAGUUACCAUUUAAUGCGGGGAGAAAGACGGCCGCUUUGGGAAGAAGAAAGCAACGCCAAAGGAGGUAUAUGGAAAAUGAAGGUCCCUAAAGAAAGUACGGCUGCAGUUUGGAAAGAGCUCCUGUUAGCAACUAUUGGAGAGCAGUUUACAGAUUGUUGUGCAGCAGAUGAUGAAGUAAUAGGGGUUAGCGUCAGCGUUCGUGACCGUGAAGAUGUUGUGCAAGUCUGGAACGUGAAUGCAUCUUUAGCAAGUGAAGCAAAAGUUUUAGAAAAGAUACAUAAACUUCUGCCGCACACAUCUUUUAAAGCAGUCUUUUAUAAAUCACACAGAGAACAUCGUGCUUUUGAAGGCCGACGUGGAAAACAUUAA